AGAGGCCUAUAAAAAAUGACCAAAUCUGAUUUGGGUGGGGCCCAUGUAAUUCAAAAUGGGCCGACUUGCGCUUACGGGUCAAAAUCACCUCACUCGCCAGUCCUCUUCUCGUCUCCAUUCCGAUCGGAAGCUGCCGGCCGCCGAUCUCUUCUUGUCCGUUCACUGAAAUCAAGACCAAGGACAUUUGCUAUCGAAGAAAUCCAGGCUUUCUCUGCUACAAUUGCUUCCUUUAAAUUUUUGAGAGAUUUUUGCAAUAUGAAAGAAGAUGGAAUUGAUAUUUCUUCGGGUUCUUCUGUUACUCCUGAGGAAAAAUUGCCAGUUUUACCUCCCAUAACGGCAAAGAGUGGUCCGGUAUGUUUAUCCUCCAAAGUUCAGGCGACACCAGAAAUAGAGAAGAAGUAUGUCCAUCAUGUUUAUGAUGCUAUCGCUCCUCACUUCAGUUCUACUCGGUUUGCUAAGUGGCCCAAAGUCCAGGGAUUCUUAAACUCUUUGCCGACAGGGUCACUUAUCUUAGAUGCCGGAUGCGGGAAUGGGAAAUAUUUGGGUUUGAAUCCAAACUGCUAUUUUGUUGGAUGUGAUAUUAGUUCUGCGCUUAUUUCUAUAUGUGCUGACAAAGGGCAUGAGGUGUUGGUAGCUGAUGCUGUAAAUCUUCCUUACCGCACCGGCUAUGGUGAUGCAUCAAUAUCUAUUGCAGUAUUACAUCACCUGAGCACAGAAAGCCGGCGAAAGAAAGCAGUAGAAGAACUAAUUCGUGUUGUGAAAACCGGGGGCCUUGUUUUGAUCACAGUUUGGGCUAGGGAACAAGAGGACAAAUCAUUGGUUAACAAAUGGACACCUCUAACACAGAAGUACUUGGAAGAAUGGAUCGGACCUGGCAGCCCUCGAAUCCGUAGCCCAUCAUCAAUAUCCUUGGAAAGCAUCCCGGAGAUGGAGGAGAACUCUUCUGAAGAGCAGUCGAAAGAAGGAUCUGCAACAAGGAAUGGUGAUGAUCCCUUAGAUGAAUCUAGGAGUGAAGAAGGUAUUCGUAAAAACCAGCAAGAAUAUUUUGUACCAUGGCACUUACCUUACCAUCGUGCAGAAAUAAGCGGCGCAUCUGCUGAUGCUGUGGCAAGUGGCUUUGCGAGGAAAGAUGACAAGAAAGGUGCAGUGGUAUACGAUAGAUAUUAUCAUGUUUUCAGCGAAGGUGAACUAGAAAGGUUAGUGUCCGGUAUGGAUGGUGCUGUCAUUGUUGACAAAUUCUACGACAAAUCAAAUUGGUGCGUGAUCCUCGAGAAAACUUCAUGAAUUAGAGGUAAUAUUUAGAGGACAUGGUGGUAUAUUUUCUUCUCUUGUCCAUGGUUUUUGUAUUACUUGAUUACUUGUAAGAAUUUAAGAGGCUUCAUGUUAUUUUAGGGGAAGGAGGGACUAAACCACGUUUAGUCAAUCUAUAUUAUGAAAGUACAAUGUAGGAUGACCACACAUGAUUCUUGCCCGCAA